CCAGCAAGAAACCUUAUAGGGGAAUUUUCUAAUCUGGGGUUUGAUAGAAAUGAGCUAGAUGCAAUGUAUCAUGAAAUGUUAGUUGAUGCAAUCGGUCCACAGGGUGAAUAUAAUGAGGACGCAAUGGCUGAAGAGCCAAAUCAUAAGGCAAGGGAAUUUUAUGAACUUUUGCAUGCUGUAGAAGUUCAUAUAGGUAGUGGGGAACAGAAUGUGACUGUUCUUUCAUGGAUGGCAGAAAUGCUAAAUAUGAAAACUCAUUAUAACAUGAGUGCUUCUAACUGGGAGAUGACAUUAUCAUUGAGUCGAAAGUUGUUAAGUGCAGAAGACCAAGAAAAGGUGCCAAAAGAUUUCUACACUGCUAAGAAAAUGAUAAAUGUGCUCGGACUUGGAUAUAAGAAAAUUGAUGUUUGCAUUAAUGAUUGUUUCUUGUAUUAUGAUGAGCAAAGCAAGAAUUUAAAUGCUUGUCCGGUGUGUGGAGAAUCUCGAUAUGAACUGAGGAAUAUGGCUGCGGUGAGGCAGAAAGCAGUUCCAAGAAAAUCUUUGUGGUACUUUCCAAUUAUCCCAAGACUGCAACGACUAUACAUGUCUAGGAAAAUAGCGGAGCACAUGACAUGGCAUUUGAAAUGCAGUGAUGAUUCAGAUGAAGUUAUUCAUCUUGUAGGUAGUCAAGCAUGGAAGCACUUUGAUGAAACGUACCCAACAUUUGCCGCAGAACCUAGAAAUGUUAGACUUGGGUUGUGCACAGAUGGUUUCAAUCCAUUUGGCCCCUCUGCAUCAGCUUACUCUUGUUGGCCUGUUUUCCUUACAGUCUAUAACCUUCCGCCUGAAUUGUGCAUGAAUUCGGAGCAUAUAUUCCUUUCCAUGAUAAUUGCUGGACCUAAAAGUCCAGGGAAAAAUAUUGAUGUUCUACUUAGGCCAUUGAUUGAUGAACUUAAUGAAUUAUGGACAAAUGGGGUUGAAACAUAUGACAAUUUUAGAAAACAAAAUUUUAUCAUGAAAGCUGCACUGUUGUGGACUGUCUGCAGCGGAAGAUACGAGGUUGAUCCACGCCUAUUGACUUUAGUAACUGGACCUGUCAGCAUUGUGAUCCAUCCGUCUUCUCGUAUAGUUGACAUCAAUCCUCAGUAUAAACUACAGACAAAUGAACCUUUCAUCUUAGCAAGUCAAGCCCAACAAGUGUUCUACACUUCUUAUCCUUCUAAAAAUCCGCGUAAGAAAGGGUGGUAUGCUGCUUGUAAGAUUAGGGCAAGAGCGAUAAUUGACACUUCAUCUCUGGGUAAUUGUGUAAAUAAUUAUCAGGAUGAUGAUCCUCUUAUGCUGCAAUUAGUGCAACCCUCAACUAUUGUGGAUGAUCAUGUUCCGCUAGCAUCUUCGGGAGGAGAACGAGUGGUUAUUGGUGAGGACUUGCAAUUAUCUUAUUCGGCUGAACAAAAUGAGGAAGAAUGUGUGGAUGAGGAUGAUGAGGAAGAGGACGAGUUUGAGGGGACAGAAACACCAGAAGAAGAAGUUCUAGAUUACUUUACCGAGAGUGAUAGUGAUUAGCUGUAUUUUGUUUGAUCUUUUUCUUGAACUGAACAAAUGAUAGAUGACCAUUUAUAUUUUGUUUGUGUAACUAAAGUAUGACAUAUUUU